AAAGUUCGUGGGAGCCCUCACGAUCACGCAAGUGUCUCCUCAUGUGGACUUUAAAGCGCUUCGUGUCGCCUUUCAAAUGUGCACGGCGGAAGAGGGGCUCGAACCUGCAACCUCCCACCUGCAUUGCACAUUAACUUUUUUGAGGACGUGCAUUUUCCGCGGGUGUGUCCAAUCGAAGGAAGCCGUGAGCGGCUCACAGGACUGCAAUCAAAUCCCGCACAGUUGCACUGAGUUGGUGCGGAAAUCUCGCCGCCUCUCAUGGGACUCGGUCAUUCGUCACGGUGUUUGCUGCUCCGGCGGAAGAUGGCGGAGGCGGACGGUUCCGAGCGGCACCAGGCCGUCACUUCCCAUUUCUCCCAGUCUCCCCAGCCGCCCCCUCUGUCCAAACCAGUGCCUAGCAACAACGCCCACCACGCGCACCGCGUCAGCGCCCUGUCCGCCUCGUCCACUCGCAGCAAGGGCGCCAAGCUGAUGAGUCCCGAGGAGAUGACGUCACGGGAUUACUACUUUGACUCCUACGCCCACUUUGGCAUCCAUGAGGAGAUGCUGAAGGACGAGGUGCGCACGCUCACCUACCGCAACGCCAUGUACCACAACAAGCACGUGUUCAAGGACAAGAUCGUGUUGGACGUCGGCAGCGGGACGGGGAUUUUGUCCAUGUUUGCCGCCAACGCCGGCGCCAAACACGUCUACGGGAUCGAAUGUUCCAGCAUAUCGGAAUAUUCCGAGAAGAUCAUCAAGUCCAACCACCUUCACAAUGUCAUCACCAUCUUCAAAGGCAAGGUGGAGGAGGUGGAGCUCCCCGUGGAGAAGGUGGACAUCAUCAUCUCCGAGUGGAUGGGCUACUGCCUCUUCUAUGAGUCCAUGCUCAACACCGUCAUCUUCGCCAGGGACAAGUGGCUGAAACCUGGAGGUCUGAUGUUUCCUGACCGUGCUGCUCUUUAUGUGGUGGCCAUAGAGGACAGGCAGUACAAAGACUUCAAGAUCCACUGGUGGGAGAACGUGUACGGCUUUGAUAUGAGCUGCAUUCGCAAUGUGGCCAUCAAGGAGCCUUUGGUGGACGUGGUGGACCCCAAGCAGGUGCUCACCAACACCUGUCUGCUUAAGGAAGUGGACAUCUACACGGUGAAGCCAGAUGACCUCGCCUUCACGUCGGCGUUCUGCCUGCAGAUCCAGCGUAACGACUACGUGCACGCGCUGGUCACCUAUUUCACCAUCGAGUUCACCAAGUGUCACAAGAAGACGGGCUUCUCCACAGCUCCAGACGCUGCCAGCACGCACUGGAAACAGACGGUGUUCUACUUGGAGGACUACCUGACUGUGAAGAAAGGCGAGGAGAUAUUCGGCAGCAUCGCUAUCAGGCCCAACGAGAAGAAUGUGCGUGACCUGGAGUUCACCCUGGAGCUGGACUUUAAGGGGCAGCUGUGUGAUGCCGCCAUCUCCCACGACUAUAAGAUGCGUUAAGGGUUGAGCGGGCCCAUGAAACGCCCCUCUAAUACGCCGGACGACCCCCUUCCCCAAAACCCCCCGCGGAGCUGACCUGCAGCUGACCUGCGGCAAGGGCGAGCAUCAUGCCGGACGCCAUCCGAUCCAGCCUAUACGUGAUGUCAUCAGUAUCAGCAAUAACACAAAGGACUCUUGGAUGAAUGUAACUUCCUAAAAAAAAACUUGACUUUCUCACUAAUUUCAUAUCUUGAUGCAGCUAACUGGACGUCGCUGAGGGUCUCCGCUUAUGAAGAUUGAUUAUGUCGUGUGUUUGUUUUUGCAUGAGAAGAAAAGCUUCUGCUCACUCGGAAAGUAAUGAAAAGUCAAUGUUUAGUGCGCGAAUAAGCCUGAGGAAAACACUGUAAAAGGUGAAUAAAACAGUGGAGAGUAAAGCACCUUUUCCAGCGGGGUUUCAUUUCAACUACAUGACACAUUCUUUUAUUCGUCCUGGCAUCAGUAUCAAAUGUGAUUACAUGAAAAAUUAAGCUGAUUCUAACGUAACCGUAAUAUUAACAUGU